ACCUUGCUGUAAAGGCCUCCGCCGCUGGUGGUGCCGCCACGGCUGCGCCACAAGCCCCGCAACCAUGGCAAGGGCCGCAAUGCAACCCUUACUAGCCUCGAUAGCCACCGGAGUAAUUCUAUGGCUAAUUCCGGCUCCGGCUGGUGUGACUCGCAAUGCAUGGCAGCUUCUGUCGAUUUUUCUAGCCACAAUCAUCGGAAUUAUAACCCAACCUCUGCCCCUCGGUGCCGUGGCGUUGAUGGGAUUAGGAGCUUGUGUGUUGACCAAGACGUUGACAUUCGCUGCCGCAUUCUCGGCGUUUGGAGAUCCGAUCCCUUGGCUUAUCGCCCUUGCGUUUUUCUUCGCCCGGGGAUUUAUUAAGACUGGGCUUGGAAACAGAAUUGCGUAUCAAUUUGUGUCAUUAUUUGGUAGUUCAUCGUUAGGGUUGGGGUAUAGUUUAGUUUUCAGUGAGGCCCUUUUGGCUCCGGCGAUACCUUCGGUGUCAGCUAGAGCUGGAGGCAUUUUUCUACCAUUGGUGAAGUCUUUGUGUCUGGCUUGUGGUAGUAAUGUUGGUGAUGGGACUGAGACCAAGUUGGGGUCGUGGUUGAUGUUGACUUGCUUUCAGACAUCGGUGAUUUCGUCGGCGAUGUUCUUGACGGGAAUGGCUGCCAAUCCAUUGAGCGCGAAUUUGACGGCGAAUACGAUAAAUAAGACAAUUGGGUGGAUGGAUUGGGCAAAGGCUGCAUUUGUGCCUGGUUUGGUGUCUUUGAUUGUGGUACCCUUGCUUUUGUAUGUGGUUUAUCCGCCGGAGGUGAAGAGCAGUCCGGAUGCCCCAAAGCUGGCCAGGGAGAGAUUGGAAAAAAUGGGGCCCAUGUCGAAGAACGAAAUUAUAAUGGCUGCAACUCUGCUUCUCACGGUAUGA